AGCACAUCUAUGGCAUGAGAGCUGACUUGCCAGAUUAUCGACGACAACCAGAACUUUCCUUUUUUGACGUUCCUUUCUAUUUCCCUUUCUAUACUGCUUACGUUGAGGGAUGGGCGUUGUAUGCCGAGUACCUCGGUGUGGAAAUGGGACUUUAUAAGGAUGACUAUGAACUGAUGGGUAGAUACAGCGCGGAAAUGCUUCGAGCCUGUCGUCUGGUUGUCGAUACUGGUCUACAUCACUUCAAUUGGGAGCAGCAAAGAGCUGUUGAAUACAUGUUGAACUACACCUCCUUUUCACGCGAAGCUAUAACUAUAGAGGUUAACCGGUACAUAACCUGGCCGGGACAGGCAUGUGCUUACAAGAUCGGAGAAAUUCGUAUAAGAGAGCUCAGAAGGAAAGCAGAAUCUGAACUGGGUUCAUUGUUUGAUAUCCGCGACUUCCAUUCCGUCGUUCUGACAAAUGGUGCUAUGCCACUGAGUGUACUGGACGACACCGUUAAUGACUGGAUCACGACAAUAAAGAACAAUCCAAAACCAGUAUCA